AUGCCCACGCGAGACGCGACCACACUCCUCUGCGUCCCCAUCAUGGCGGACGACCCCCUCGUCGCGAAACGCGACGCCCUCCUGGCCGCGGAACUGGGCGCGGACCUCGUCGAGUACCGCGUCGACAACCUCUUCCACGGAGAGGGCGACGAAGAGGGCCAACGCGCCGUCCUCGAACUCGUCGAGGACUCGCCGCUGCCCUGCAUCGUCACCUGCCGCCCGACCUUCGAAGGCGGCGACUACGACGGCGACGACUCCGCCCGCAUCAGCCUCUACGAGGCGCUCGGCACGAGCGACCACCCGCCGAAGUACAUCGACGUCGAACUCGCGACGUAUCAGCGGAGCGCCAACCUGCGCCAGAAGGUGAGGCUCGCCGUCGACCACGACGCCCAGCACCGCGACGUGAGCACGAGCCUCAUCCUCAGUGCGCACGAUUUCGAGAAACGCCCCGACGGCCUCCUCAAGAUCCUCCUGGACAUGCGCGAGGACGGGGCGCACAAGGUGACCAAGCUCGCGUACCGGGCCCGCUCCGUCCGCGACAUCCUCGAACUCUUCGAGAUCCUCCGCGAGCGCGACCGCCCGACCAUCGCCCUGGGCAUGGGCGAGGCGGGGCUCGCCUCCCGCGUCCUCGCCCCCAAGUUCGGCGCCUUCCUCACCUUCGCCUCACUCCGCGACGAAUCCGCCACCGCCCCGGGCCAGCCCACCAUCCGCGACCUGCUCGAUCUCUACCGCUUCCGCUCCAUCAACGCGGAAACACAGGUCUACGGCGUCGUCGGCCACCCCGUCGCGCACUCCAAGUCCCCCCUCAUCCACAACGCCGGCUUCGGCGCGACGGGCACCAACGCUGUCUACCUCCCCCUCCCCGUUCCCCCCGAGUGGGAGCACUUCAAGGCCACCGUCCUCGCGCUGCUCCACGACGAGCACCUCGACCUCCGAGGCCUGAGCGUCACCAUCCCGCACAAGGCCCACGCGCUGAAGCUCGCCCGCGAGCAGGGGUGGGGGAUCGACCCGAUUUCGGCGCGCGCCGGCGCCGCGAACACCAUCACGAAGCACGACGACGGCACGAUCAGCGUGAGCAACACCGACGGCGCCGCUGCCCUCGCCUGCCUCCGAGACGCGCUGACGCGCGACAUCGCUGGCGCGCACGUCGCCAUCCUCGGCGCCGGCGGCGUCGCCCGGGGCAUCGCCGCGGCGCUCCUCGACACCGGCGCACGGAUCCACAUCUACAACCGCACGAAAGACAACGCCGACGCCCUCGCGAGCGACCUCCGCGAUCACCUCACCAACGGCACGAACCUCGACGCCGCGCCGCUCGAAGCCCUCCCGGACACCGCACACGACGCGUACAUCAACGCGACAUCCAUUGGCAUGACGGGCGGGCCCGCCCCGGAAGACGCGCCGUUGCAAGAAUCUCACAUGCAAAGGCUUGCCGAACAGACGGUUAUCAUGGACACCGUCUACACCCCGAUCGACACGCCGUUUCUUCGGCAGGCGCGACAAAACGGCUUACAAACGAUCGACGGCGAGCGGAUGUUCCUUCGACAAGCCGCCGCGCAGUUCGAGCAAUGGACGUGCCAGACCGCGCCGAUCGACGCCUUCAAGGCCGCAAUGCGGGCAACCGCCCCUUAA